AUGGCUGGCGGCGGCGCAAAACCCCAGCUGAGCGAGUACGAGCUCAAGCGCCAGGAGCAGAUCGAGAAAAACCAGGCCCUUCUGAGAUCGCUCCAAGCCGAUGCUCAACAGGCAGGCCUUGCGCCUGCAGCAUCCAAAGCGCGCUCCUCGGCGCCGGCCAAGAAAGAUAAGAAAAAGCCCGCGGUGAAGAGGGAAAAGGAGGAGGUUGUACCGCGAAGGACCUCUUCGCGCUUGCGGGGGAUUGUUGCGGACAGCGAGGUUGCUAAACGAAAAGCCGAAGACGAACAUGCAGCACUGCAACAGGCCGAGAGAGCGAAACGACAGCGUGUCAGCGACGAUCUGGACCUUGGCGACGUCGUGGUGGCCGGUCACCAUUGGAACCAGAGUGGGAACUUUCUGACUGGCGUCGGUCCUACCAAGCCGUACGAAAGAACCUUCACUGCCGAAAAUGUGAAGAAGACGACGGAGAAGGAGCUACGGGCUCUGCGAGAGAAAAUGAGCGGGCUCCAGCUAUGGGAAGGAUUUGAACCGAAUCAAAUUAAGCUCACGCCUGAGCGCAUAUACGCCUUGGGAUUCCAUCCGACCACGGACAAGGCUUUGAUAUUCGCUGGAGACAAGAUGGGAAACCUCGGCUUGUUCGACGGAUCGCAAAACGUGCCAGACAUCAAGGCCGAAAAGGCCGAAGAUGACGACGAAGACGACGAAGCAGAGCCAGCAGUGACGACGUUCAAGAUACAUACUCGGACAAUAUCUGCCUUUCAAUUUAGCGCCUCAGAGACGCACUCGUUAUUCUCGGCGUCAUACGACUCGUCUGUCCGGAAACUCGACCUCAACAAGGGCGUGGCGGUGGAAAUCUACGCACCAGCAGACAAAUCUGAAGAUGCGCCCCUGUCGGGCAUUGACGUUGGAACAGCCAAUACAGUAUACUUCUCCACCCUUGACGGUAGGUUCGGCAUGCACGAUAUCCGCGCUCCUUCGGACAGCACCGGGGGCACCCAGCUGUUCCAGCUGUCGGACAAGAAGAUUGGUGGAUUCAGCAUGCACCCUACCCACAAACACCUCUUUGCGACUGCAUCGUUGGAUCGCACGAUGAAGAUCUGGGAUUUGCGUAAAAUUACUGGCGAGGGCGACGCCCGAGCACCAGCGCUCCUUGGAGAACACACGAGCAGAUUGUCGGUAUCUCAUGCCGCCUUCAAUUCUGCCGGUCACGUUGCUACCGCAUCUUACGACGACACGGUCAAAGUCCACAACUUUACCAAUUGCAGUGGUUGGAAGGCUGGCGCACAGCUGGAUGACAAGGAAAUGAAGCCUGAAACGAUAAUUCCCCAUAACAAUCAAACUGGUAGAUGGGUGACGAUAUUACGAGCCCAGUGGCAGCAGAUGCCACAAGACGGCGUGCAGCGCUUCUGCAUAGGAAACAUGAACCGGUUCGUGGAUGUUUAUACCAGCAAAGGAGAGCAGCUCGCGCAGCUAGGAGGCGAUGGAAUCACAGCAGUCCCCGCUGUUGCACAGUUCCAUCCCAGCAUGGACUGGAUUGCAGCUGGUACGGGCAGCGGCAAACUGUGCUUCUGGCAGUAG